AUGUUUACUAGUGAAUUAGCUGAAAGUCGUUUAAUGGAAAUUGUUAUUCAUGAUGUUGAUGAAAGUGCAAUGGAUUUACUCAUUGAAUUUUGUUAUAGUUCAACAAUUUUAGUUGACGAAAAAAAUGUCCAAACAUUAUUACCAGCAGCUUGUAUACUACAGAUUCAAGAAGUUCAAGAUACAUGUUGUGAAUUUUUAAAAGCUCAAUUAGAUCCAUCAAAUUGUCUAGGUAUACGAGCAUUUGCUGAUACACAUUCAUGUAGAGAAUUAUUAAAAAUUGCUGAUAGAUAUACACAACAUAAUUUUAAUGAAGUAAAAGAAAGUGAAGAACUUUUAUUUUUACCAGUAAAUCAAUUGAUUGAUAUAAUAUCAAGUGACGAAUUAAAUAUGACCAGUGAGGAAGAUGUAUUUAAUGCCGUAAUGCAUUGGGUACAAUUUAGUUCACAUCCUCUAACUGGAAGCGAUCAAACAUGUCGUGAUCUUGUUGAUGAAGCAAAAGAUUAUUUAUUAUUACCUCAAGAGAGAUUAAAUAUGCAAGGCCCAAGAACACGACCAAGAAAACCAAUUAAACCGAGAGAAGUACUAUUUGCGGUUGGCGGUUGGUGUUCAGGUGAUGCUAUUGCCAGUGUUGUAAUGUAUGAUCCACAAACGAAUGAAUGGAGUGCUGUUGCACAAAUGAGUAAACAACGAUUUGGAGUAGGCGUAGCAGUAUUAAAUAACUUAUUGUAUGCUGUCGGAGGGCACGAUGGAACCAGUUAUUUGAAUACUGUUGAAAGGUAA